AUGGCCGAUGGCCUGUCGCCGGCCGACGAGUGCCUCGGUCGGGCGGCGACCCCGUCGCAGCACGAGGGCGGCGGCAUGUGUCUGCGCAGCUCCAGAUACGCAUUACGGCGGCGGCGUUCUAUUCAACAAAAGGACGAAGAAGGUUGCGCCACUAGUAGUCUUGCAGCUACCGCUGAUGAAGUAUGUACAUUUGCAACAGUGCAGCCCUGCAAACGAUUCAAGCCUGAGUCUCCAGGAGAAGCGCGGAAAAACAGUAUAACUACAGACCACUUGGAACCACCUUCUGAUGGUUCCUGUUACGUUGAUCAUUUACCUGAUGAAAUUGUCCUUAAGGUUUUCUCUAAUCUGUACGAAGCUGAUCUCGCACGAUGCGCUGGCGUAUCUGGUAGAUUUUAUAGGAUAUCAAACGAUGUGAAUUUAUGGAAAACUUUGUAUCAAGGUGCAUUUGAAUAUAGUGUACCUAUGUAUCAUCCUACCCAUGGUAAAUUUGAACUACGGGAUUUACACCGGUGGCGAGACACUUUGAACCCGUGGAAAGAGAGCUUUCGGCAAUUGCGACAUGGUAUACACGUGCGACCUCGAUGUGCACAUAUCUAUGAAGGCCAUAUCGGAAGAAGUAUUCCUCACUUUGAAACGAUUUCACAAGCACUUCAGUUUCUUGAUGCCGAACCAGAACGCGAGAAGCUUAUUCUCUUGCACACUGGGCAUUAUUUUCCAGAGCCGAUUAUUAUUAGCUCACCCGUACAGAUCGUUGGCGCUAGUGCGUUCCUUUUCUUACUUCUCAGUCGGAUUUGUUUAUUAAUUUUUGUGCAGUUCUUUCCUUCAGGCUGUCACUAUCCAAUUAACAAAGCCGUUGUGAUUGAACAACGUGACGACACCACCGUAACUCUAGUCGAGGGUUCAUCGUGCGCUUACAUAGGCUACCUUUCAUUGCGAUUCAAUCCGGAUAAAGCACCACCGGGUGUUCCACACCAACAACACUAUGCUCUUCAGGUAACAGAAGAGGCUGCACCAGUGAUUGAUCGAUGUCACAUCAACUCUACAUCUUCCGUUGGAGCUGCUGUUUGUGUGAAAAGAACGGCAGCCAAUCCAAAGGUAAGACACUGCUCAAUCACUGAUUGUGAAAAUGUCGGAAUUUAUAUCACUGAUGGAGCGCAGGGUCAAUUUGAAGACUGCGAAAUAGCCCGGAAUUCGUUGGCCGGUGUUUGGGUAAAAAACCAAGCGAAUCCAUUCUUUAGACGCUGCCACAUCCAUCACGGCAAAGACGUUGGCGUGUUUACCUUCGAAUACGGUAUGGGCUAUUUCGAAAAGUGUAAUAUUCACUCAAACCGGAUUUCGGGCAUUGAAGUUAAAAACAACGCAAAUCCUACCGUAGUCCGAUGCGAAGUCCAUCAUGGACUUACGGGCGGAAUCUACAUUCACGAAAAAGGUCGAGGAAGGUUCAUGGAAAAUCGAAUAUAUUCAAAUGCUUUUGCUGGCAUUUGGAUAACGGGCAGCUCGGACCCUACCAUACGAAAAAAUGAGAUUUAUGCUGGCCAACAAGGAGGAGUGUACAUCUUCGGUGAUGGGCGAGGUUUGAUAGAACAAAACAAUAUAUAUGGCAAUGCAUUAGCGGGCAUUCAAAUACGAACAUGCAGCGAUCCAAUCGUUCGCCUUAACAAGAUACACGAUGGAUUACACGGUGGAAUUUAUGUGCAUGAAAAAGGAAAGGGCCUAAUUGAGGAGAAUGAGGUUUAUGGUAAUACCCUUGCUGGUAUUUGGGUUACAACGGGGUCCUCUCCUAUCUUGAGGAAGAACAGAAUCCAUUCAGGAAAACAGGUCGGUGUUUAUUUCUAUGAUAAUGGGCACGGGCUUCUGGAGGAGAACGACAUAUUCAACCAUCUCUACUCAGGUGUUCAAAUUCGAACUGGAUCAAAUCCCAAGAUUACACGUAAUCGUAUAUGGGGUGGCCAAAAUGGCGGUGUUUUGGUUUACAAUGGUGGUUUGGGAAUGUUAGAAGACAACGAAAUUUUUGAUAAUGCCAUGGCAGGCGUUUGGAUCAAAACCGACAGUCAUCCAACUUUACGUAGAAACAAAAUUUACGACGGACGUGACGGAGGAGUGUGUAUAUUUAACAAUGGACGGGGUCUUCUUGAAGAUAACGAUAUCUACCGAAACGCACAAGCAGGUGUUCUUAUAUCUACCGAGUCGAAUCCAACUCUACGACGAAAUCGCAUUUUUGAGGGAAAAGCUGCAGGAGUUGAGAUAACAAAUGGUGCCUCUGCUACAUUAGAGGCAAAUCAACUUUUCCACAAUAAGUUUGGAGUAGAAAGAGCUGUUGGACGUGGUCAAUGUCUGUUCAAGAUCAGCAGUUGUACAUCAUUUCCUAUGCAUGAUUUCUACCGAUGUGUUAGCUGUAAUACCACUGAACGAAAUGCGAUCUGCAUUAAUUGCAUUAAGAAUUGUCAUCGAGGGCACACAGUCGAGUUCGUCCGACACGACCGAUUUUUUUGCGAUUGUGGAGCGGGUACGCUAGAACAUCAAUGCCGUCUUCAGACCGAAGUACGCGAUAACGAUACGGUCUACGACUCGGCUACUCCUACAGGUUCAGACACACCUAAUAUGUUGUGA